AUGUCGGAGCAACCAUCAAGAUGGACAAGCUCGAGGGUGGCACAGUCGCGCGCUAACCAGCAGACCUCUGGGAGCGGUCAAAAUGCGGGAACACGGCAAAGUCGUUGGGCACCUUCUUCUGGCUCAACGUCAACACCGGGCUCUUCUUCUACUUCAUCCUGGCGAACGCGGACCACCGAGCCAUCUCCAAGCCCGAACUCUUCGCCAUGGGGCAAUCCGAACAACACCUCCGGGACGAAUGCAGGCUCUCCGGCUUCAAGAUGGUCAACCACAAGCCCAACUUCUUCCGCCGCACCAAACCCGGACCUAGUAUCCUCACUCACAUCCUCCCUCCAGAGCACGUCACUCCGCGAUCCCUCUCGAUCAACAAAAGUCCGCAACUCCCCAAAACUAUCAAAACAGCCAACAUCACCAUCCAUAGCCUCUCGAAGCGACGGCCUCACAGUCCGAAACACAACCAAACCACUCGGCGGCAAGACACUCGACCGUUUAUCCCUCCUAGCAUCCCCAUCCCGCGGCUUAGAUUCCUCCUUAUCCCUCUCCUCCGACCUCUCUUCGCAAGGGAGUAUGGACCUCACCUCUCCCUCAGUACAGGUCGAGUUCCGAGAAUACAUCUCCGCCCGCCUUCGCAAAGCGUUACCCCUUCUUUCGGCCACAGCACUAACAGUACUGGAUAGCUCCACGUACCUUCCUUCCACCUCCCUGAAAGCAAGAGGGCUUGGAGAAGGCGAGGAAGAGCUGCAGCAAAUCCUACUACUCGUCCGAAAGCUACGGGAAGCAUGCGUGGCGAGUAGACGGGAAGAUGGAUUUGCGGUUGAGGUGUAUGAGCUUUCGACUGGGUUAGCUUUAUUAUGUGGAGAUAUGAUGCAGUUUGUGGCUAGCUUGCCUAGGUUGGUGCUCGAGCUAUAUCUCGCAGUACCGCCAGCUGAAGAGGAAGGAGGUGAGAGGGGUGAUGUUGAAGAAUUGAUGCAACGGCUCCGAUUACGACCGAUCCCAACAGGGAGUGGGGACAGGAGGGGGAGGAUGAUGUCCCUUUACCUACUUCAAUCGCUUUGUCUUUCGGGUCGAGCUUUGAGGCUGGGUCAAUACAUCGCCCCUACUGAUAACAGUGAUGGUGCUGUGGAAACCCUACAUAAGGGGUUGAGGGAAUAUCGGUUGCUACGAACCACUCUUAGCUUGACCUAUGGCGAUGGGAAAGGGUGGAACGAGCAUUUGAAGUUUUGCGACGAAGUUUACUCCGCAUUGCGCGGUGUCGAUCCGUUCAAGUUGACACUUCUACUAAGCGGUAAGGUUGGGUAUGGGGUCGAUGAAUACCAAAAGUUACUAUCGAUGCAAGCUGUACCAAUGCUAAGGAAUGCUGCUUGGGCAGUUGCUAGAAGGACGUAUAUCUAUCUACCCAUUACACCUGAGCUUCAGGUUUUGAUAGGGGAAACAGCGGAGGAGGGGAAAACGGGGGAGAGAAGGGAGGAGCAAGUUUGGUUAGAGGAGUUGUUGCUGCUCUGCACUGACUUUCUUCCGGCUAGUCGAUCAGAGAUGGAACAAGUUAAGGGUAGUGAAGGGGUAAAAACGAAGGAGGAGACGCCAGACAACUGCGACUCGCCCUCACUCGCUCACGAACCAAUACCGUCUUCAGCUCAAGCCAUCGUCAACGGCCGCCUUCACACAUUCCUUCUCUCACGCCUGGACGAACCUCUUUCAGACCGACUCAUAUCUCUUAAAGACGGUUCCUUCGCUAUCAAGAUCAAGUAA